AUGGAUCACGUGCUGAAAGUUGCAGACAAUUAUAUCUUCACUCCAUAUGUUUACCCGGCAUCAUGGCCCGAGGACUGGGCUCUACGUCAAUUGAUCAGCCUGAGCAUGCUGACCAACCUGGGAGCACAAGUGGUUUACAUGCUCUUUGGUGCACUGAAUUUCUACUGCAUCUUUGACCACAGGCUGAUGAAACAUCCACAGUUCCUUAAGAACCAGGUGAGUAAAGAGAUCCAACUUGCAACCACCUCCCUCUUCUGGAUGAGUUUUCCCACAGUGGCGCUUUUCUUUCUGGAGAUCAGGGGACACAGCAAACUUUUUGAUGACAUCAGUCAAUCUCCUCAGGGCUGGCCUGGAGUGUUCUUGAGCAUUGCUGGAUUGUUGUUGUUCACUGACCUGUGCAUCUACUGGAUACACCGCUGCAUGCAUCAUAGAAGCAUUUAUAAGUACCUCCACAAGCAGCAUCAUUUAUUCAAGAUCCCUUCACCGUUUGCGAGUCACGCCUUCCACCCACUCGACGGCUUCCUGCAGAGUUUACCCUACCACAUUUACCCUUUCAUCUUCCCGCUCCACAAGGUUGUCUACUUGUCCCUUUUCAUCUUUGUAAAUAUCUGGACCAUUUCCAUUCACGACGGGGACUACCGCAUCCCUGGCCCCUUGAUAAGCAUUAUAAACGGUGCCGCCCAUCAUGUGGAUCAUCACCUCUUUUUCAACUACAACUAUGGGCAAUACUUCACUUUCUGGGAUCGUCUGGGAGGCUCCUACAGACAUCCUUCAGUCCUCCAAGAGAAUGGACCACAUGCCCUUAUUCGCAAGUUUGCAUAG